AACAAAGAUCGUUAAGUUGAAUGAGCUUGUGUGAGUGAGUACAAGUCGAAACGAACUUUGUGAUUAAAGACAAACUUGAGGUAAGAAAGUUUCAGUAUACAUUCAAAUAUGACGGAGAUCAUACGAUUCGGUAACGAAAAUUUUUCAUCUGACGGAUAUCAGAAUAGUCAAACGACUGAGGCCAAGAUCGCGAAGGAUGUUGCCCGGGAGUACAUCUUCCUCAAAGUUGGACGACCGCUGAAGAACUCUCCUCGAAGAGAAACAGAAAUUAUUGUCAGGUUAAGUGAGGAAAUUGAACGUAAGCAUGACAUGCUUCUUAAAAGUAUGUGCAAUAGACUCAAUAUAAAUUCCGAAAAUGCGUACAAGACAUUUUGCGAAAUAGCCGAGGAGAUAUUCAAAGACGAUAUCAACUGGGGAAGGAUUGUUGUCCUUUACACAUUCGCUGGAAAGCUAGCGAUUCACUGUAUGAACAAUAAAAUGGAUAACAUGAUUGAUAAAGUGAUCCUAUGGCUAGGAAACUUCAUUGCUAGAAAGCAGAUUUGGAUUAAAGAGAAAGGAAAUGGAUGGACUGGAUUCAUAGAAACUUUCAGAGAUGCCAAAAGUGACAAUGAAAAAAUGUGGUACCAGGGGCUGGUUGCAACAACUCUCGGACUUGGAACACUAGCAGCAGCCUUUUACAUACACAGCUAAUGCACAUGACAUGACAUCACUGUGGUAGUUGACAAUGGGCUGGUGGGUGUUGCAUCAGAAAGUCGCACUGAAGGUUCUUCAUUGGAAUGCAGGGUUGCAACCAUGGCUUGUAUAGCAGUAUGAAACUGGAAACUAGCCUGAUCUGUAAAGGAUUGAGGAAGCUGAAAGAUGUUGAAACAAACUGAAAGUAUUUUAAGACCGCUGGAGGAGGCUUAGCAACACUGAAGGAAGUGGAAUACUCAACAAUUGCAACCAAAGACCGAUAAGCUAACAAGAAUUGACAAACCUUUUUGAACAUUUCUUCAAAACAUUUCUUUUAAUUUUUUGGCCCUUGUGGUGCUUAUCUGGGCUGCAUCAUACGCUGUACUUUGAUUCAGGGUUUUCAUCUAAUGAACUUUAAGCUUCAGUUUUUUGAUUGAUAAAUCAAUUCUAGUUUAUUUUGAGCGAGGGGCAAAUCACUCCUAGAAAAUCUCAAACACCUUUUGUGAAAAACCUAAUGUUUUAUCUGAAAAUCCCUAGAAAUCCUUUUGUUUUGGAAAAAUCUGGUAUGCUUUUUGCAAUAGUGAAUUGCCUCUCGGUUUUGAGUUUUGGAUAUUUUUUUUUUAAUUUUGAUAUAUUUUGCUGACCACGCAAGGCUGUUUCAAGCUAUUGGCAAGAAUUCCAGAUCCAGCAAAUUGUCAUGCACAGUGGUGAACAAUAAUGGCUUUGUCAGUUGUGAAUAGGAUAUAUAAAUAUAUAUAGAUAUUAACACAAGAGCUAUGUAUAAAAGAAAUAAUAAUUUAUUGUAAAUAUGUAUGUAAACUAUUUAAAGAAGAGUGGAGAAAAAGAAACAAGAGAAAUAUUA